GGCGGAGAAAUUCCCUCCCAACCUCUCUCUCUUUCGCAUCGGCGCAAAUAAAGAAGAGGUUUUGGUUGGAGCAAAUCAUCGAACACCUUUCGCUCAGAGCCGUGUUCUACUUUUCCAUAUAAAGAAACCAAGCCCCGAAGAAAAGGAGACUCUUUCGACCCCUUCUCCGCCCCCCCCCAAGCGCUCACCUUUGUCCCCUCCCAUGGCCGAGUCCGGGGCGAUCGGGCUCUACGCCGACGACUUCGACGAGUCCUCCUCCGCCAACUCGUCCUCCUCGCCUUCGUCAUCGUCGUCGUCGCCGUUCUCGGCGGCGAAGGGAUUGAAGGGGCGGAGGCUGUGGAAGCGGGUCAAGUACCAGCUCGUGGAGUACCAUUCCCUGCCCGCGUAUCUCAAAGACAACGAGUACAUAUUGAGGUAUUAUCGCUCCGAGUGGCCGCUGAAGCAGAUCCUCUUGAGCAUCUUCACCAUCCACAACGAAACCCUAAAUGUCUGGACGCACUUGAUUGGAUUCUUUCUAUUCCUUGCUUUAACCAUAUACACCGCGAUGAAGGUUCCAAAGGUUGUCGAUUUCCAAUCGCUACAGCAUUUGCCCGACGUGCUGAGAAAAGCCGACCUACAGAAAAUUCAGUCUGAGCUUCUGGCCUGUCUCCCUUCGUUGCCUCACCUCUCUGAUCUACACAAAUUGAAAGAUGAGUUGAAGACCUCCCUCUCCUCUAUCGAUAUGCUCCCCUCCAUAUCAUCGCGCUGGCAUCUUCUAGAGCUCCUGUCAAGCUGUUUGCCCCAGAGAUUCACCCAUUUAAAUCAGACAAAUGUAUGUGUUCUGCGGAGUGUGAAAGAGGAUGUGGCCAACAUGAUCGCACCAUUGCUUGUGCGGCCGAUCGCACGGUGGCCGUUCUUCGCAUUCCUAGGUGGGGCUAUGUUCUGCCUGCUGGCGAGCAGCACGUGCCACCUCCUCUCCUGCCACUCGCGCCGCAUCGCGUACAUCAUGCUCCGCCUCGACUACGCCGGAAUCGCGGCCCUCAUCGCCACCUCCUUCUAUCCCCCGGUCUACUACUCCUUCAUGUGCAACCCUUUCUUUUGCAACCUCUACCUUGGCUUUAUAACUCUUCUAGGGAUCGCCACCAUCUCCGUCUCUCUUCUUCCAGUCUUCCAGAGCCCAGAGUACCGGACCAUCAGGGCAAGCCUCUUCUUCGGGAUGGGAUUAUCAGGAGUCGUGCCGGUUCUUCAUAAGUUGGUUAUGUUUUGGCAUACGCCGGAGGCACUCCACACGACCGGGUAUGAAGUUCUAAUGGGGCUUUUAUACGGGCUUGGUGCUCUGGUCUACGCGACGCGAAUCCCAGAGCGGUGGAUGCCAGGAAAGUUCGACAUCGCCGGGCACAGCCACCAGCUAUUUCAUGUGUUGGUGGUCGCCGGAGCGUACACGCACUACCGGGCCGGUCUGGUAUACCUUAGAUGGAGGGAUCUCGAAGGGUGCUAGAUUUGUUGUAUGCAUAUGCAAUACUUGUUCAGUAUUAACAAAGAAAAAGGAACAAGAAAAAAGAAAAAAAUGAAUUGUAUUGUUCAGGAUUUGAAUGUCCAAUGUAUCAGAAAUCAUUCAAAACACUGAUUUUGCAGUUGGGAAGUUGCAUGGGUUAAUGUAAAUGAUAUAUUUGGUGAUGAUUUGAUGUAUCAAGGAGAACAAUGCUAGCAAACUUUGGCAUGAUUGCACAAAAA